UGUUAGAAAAGCCCUUGGCCUUAAAAAGAAAAUGGUCACAUGCAUGCCAUCAAGUUGAAUGACCCCAGAUUGUGGAAGAGCUGUGUGUGCUGGGACACCAGGUUCUGCAUAGGUGGAGGCUUCCAAUAUCUUCUUCGACUCAUCAUGAGGAUCUCUUGGUCCAGAAUGGUCUGAUUGUGAUUAUGGGACGAAGCAAGUGUACCAAGAUGGCGCUCCCAAGUACCCCAAUGAUGCCUGAAGACGGUUCCCCCGGGCUCAGUCCGCCGGAUGCCGCAUACGAUAGUCUGCAGAAUUACACCAAUGCAGACGGACUGCAGAUCUACUGCAAAUAUUGGAAACCAACAAGUCAGCCAAGGGCGCUGGUGUUUGUUGUUCAUGGUGCCGGGGAGCAUUGCUGCCGAUACAAUGAUCUGGCCCAGAUCUUAUCAGGCUUGGACUUCUUUGUCUUUGCCCAUGACCAUGUUGGCCAUGGUCAGAGCGAAGGGGAGAGGAUGAUUGUAUCUGAUUUUCAGAUUUAUGUCAGGGACUGCCUGCAGCAUGUGGACCUGGUGAGAAAAGCCUUUCCAGACCUGCCUAUGUUCAUUUGUGGACACUCCAUGGGUGGUGCUAUUAGCAUUUUAAUGGCCACUGAGCGUUCAGCAGAGUUUUCUGGUCUGAUCCUGAUAUCCCCUUUGGUUUUACCAAAUCCAGAAUCUGCAACAUCAUUCAAGGUGUUUGCAGCAAAAAUUCUGAAUCAUGUACUGCCCAACUUGUCUCUCGGCAGCAUUGACCCUAACUCUGUGACCCGAAACAAGCAGGAGGUGGAGUCAUAUGCCACUGACCCUUUGGUUUACCAUGGUGGGAUGAAGGUUUCAUUUGGGGUUCAGCUACUCAAUGCCACAGCGCGGGUAGAGAAAGCACUUCCUCAUUUUACGUUGCCUCUGUUACUUUUCCACGGCACCGCAGACAAGCUGUGUGAUAUCAGGGGCUCCCAGUUCAUGAUGGACACCAUUCCCAGUGAGGACAAAACAUUAAAGAUCUAUGAUAAAGGAUUCCAUGCUUUGCACAAAGAACUGCCUGAAGUGACUAGUUCUGUGUUCCAAGAAAUUGAGAGAUGGAUCCUUCAAAGGUUAGAGUCUACGGGAGCUGCUCCAUCCAGUACAACUCCUACUCACAGUACUUAGGAACAGAAGGCAUCACUCAAGUGAUUUUCCUUCAGAAUAAGCCUCCAGCCAAUAUGGUCUUCUUCCUGACGACCUCUUCCCAGCCCAAGAUUGACCCAUCCUACUUUCAAGCAUACGUCCCACCUUAACACUGCAUAGCCAAUCCCAAGUAUGACUCCUUCCUAAUGUCCUCCAGCAGAACUGCUCGAAAUGAAGGAGCUCAUGGAAAACUUCCUUACUUCAAAUAUAACACUUUUUAGAAUUUAGAGAAAGCACAAGAAAAGCACCAACAUUCUCAAGGACAUGCAGGUCAUCCCUGCGCUGCGAAGACUGUUGCCUAUGGAGGAUUUGGGCAUUAACAUUCUCAGCAAUAAUUUUACAAGUUGCGUCCACUUUCUUGGAGCUGUCCUGGUGGAUUUCGGUGGAUGAAGGAUUGAUUCUAGCUUGUCAUGGACCUUGAAGACUAGAAAUUUAUAGAAUACAAGCCUCUGUAACUCUUCACCGGCAAGCACAAAGCAAUAUGAACCAUUGUAUUGUGUUUUAGGAAUGAGAAUCCUGCCGUGUACCUGAAGGAACCCCUGUAAAUAACCCACAAUCCUGGGUUUUAAUAGAUUUUAUUACACAUGGUAUAAUACAAUAUUUAAUAUGUUAAUAUAUUUACUGCCGGAAUGGUUCCAGUAGUUUUUUUAGAUUAUUUUUUACAUUAUAGAAAUGUGAAUUUGUGGCCUUUUUGCCUGCUAUCCACUAACAAUAUGUAAAAUUUUCUCCAUCUACUAUGUUUGUGGGGCAAUGUUUAUUGGGUAUUUCUGGUGAUGAAAUGCAAACAAAUAUUCUGGGAGAGGAAACCAAAAAGAUAAUUUCUCCUUAAUUGAAGCUAAAAAUAUUGUGAUCCAGAGCUGAUGCCCAACAGCCUUUGUUUCUGCUUGGCAGUGAGGAAAGGUGCCAGUAGCCCUUCUCCUCAUCGUGUUUCCUCUAGUUCUCUACAUGAGCAUGGAGGUUGAAAGCUGUCAAAAGGUGUAACCUGAAGCUCUUGGGCCACCAAUAUGAAACCUCCCUACCAUGUACCAUUUACAAUACUUGUAAAUUCUAAUAUGGCAGACUAGGGUCUAGCUGCUACCUUUGCACUCCCAAUAGUUUUGUCAGUGAGGAUGUCAUGUAAAGGCCGCAUGUCUUCUUUGAGAAACUUAUCUUACAUAAGAUACCUGUGAUCAUAUACAACUUAGAGCCUUAUAGCCAUUAAAAUAUUAACCACUUAAAGUGAAUGUCCUUCCUGAAUGUAAACAGACAGUAGUGUACACAUGGAAUGUACCAGGAGGAAAGGAGAUUCCAGUGAUCCAGUAAAAGCAUUCACCUUUACUGUGGUAAUCCCACAAAAUAUAGCCAAUAGAAUGCAGAACCACUGAUGGCCAAUGCAUUUCGGACCUCAUGGGAUCUUGACAUACUCAUGACAUAUGGCCUCUUGAGGUCUGAAAUGCAUUGCCAAUCAGUAGUUCUCCAUUCUGUUUGCUGUAUAUUAUUAUCUUUUGACAUGCCACAAAGAUGUGACAAAAGUUAAGAUUGGUCGGGGUCUCUCCUGGGAUCGUUAUUUAUAGUUGGGGGAAUUGCAUGACUCGCCAACUUGGCGCGCAGUCCCUCUGACUACAAGAGACAGGCUCCUGUAAUCGGUCAUAAUGCUAAGCUGAGGAGUAAAGCUAGCUUUAUCUGACUAUAACUAACAAUCGGAGGGGGUCUCUGGACUAAGACCCCGACCAAUCUUAACUUUUAUUUAAAUUACUGUAUAUAUAAGAUUUGUUUCAAAUGUAAUAUAAUCUUCAUUCACAUCCAGAGCUGCACUCAGGUUCCUGACCGCUCAUGGCUGUUCUAGUUUAUACAGCCUACUUUGGUAAAGUGUGAUGUGUUUGCACUUGAAACUCUACAAGUAAUUUGAUGUAGAAAAAAUAAUUCCCCAUAAUGCACUGCAGCACAGAGGUUGCCAACAGAAUUCUAAAUGCAGCUUUAGCUAUGACUGAAGUAUAUGAAACCUUACUCACCAGCAGCUCCUUUAAGAUGUAUUUAAGCAUUCCAUUCCUCUUGUGCUACAAAUGACUACUCUUAAUAGUAUAUAAAACACCAAUGUUUUAUCCGGGAUGUUAAUAAUACUAGUUCAGCUCCGUAGCUGUCAAAUAUUCUCAUUCCCUUCAGAGCCAGAUUUAUGCAGAACUUUUUCUGAAUGUACUUCUGCAAAACUAUAAUGUCUGCAUAGGUUUACUUAAAAGGACUACAAGCCUCAACAUUCUCUGGAAGGCAAAACAUGGGAUACCAUACUGGGGUUUGUAGUUCCCCCACCAGCUUCAAACAGAUGGAGAGAACAAUGAACAUGGCAUUGUUCACUAUUUCUGCAUAGGAAAGGGGUGGACAUUUUACCCGUUUUGAAAGGUUAACAAACAUUGUCUCAAUAUUGGUCUGUUCUGCAACCCUGGAGAUUUCUAUAACUGUUAUUGCACUUUGUAACAAAAUAGGCACAAUAUAUGUAAUUUUUUAUACAUGUAACUCUGAAGCAACACUGAGAUUCUGUCUAAAUAAAUUCUGACUGUUAGACCUGAA